UCGGCGAGGGCCGCUUUCCCUGCUGGCGUCUUCCCGGCGUGUCCCCCGCCGCCCGGGCUCCGCCCGCCGGGGGCAGCUGCCGGCGGUGGCCGCUGGCUCCGGUGUGGUUCGCGGUGCUGCCCAGCCUUGCCCUGCGGAGGCUGCUCGGCGCUGCCGGCAGGGAGGGGCGGUGGGGCUUCGGGCUUUUAAAUAAAAGGGGCGCUUUUCUUUCGUUGCAGACACCUUCGAGGUCUUCCUUCCGGAGAACGUGAGAUCCGCCUCGGCGCCAGCCUGCUGGGGUUCACUGGUUGUUAAGUAGAUUUGGGAGCGGUGUGACAUCGCGCCGCCAGUCCCUUCCCUCCUGAGAAAGGGUAGCUGCUUUCUGAGCCAUCACAUACCAACUUCAUGUAUUCCUAAGAUUGUCAUCAGCUUCUUGUUUUCUAUUCAGAGGCGUUACAGAGGUUUAAUUACUUACAGGUUCUAGUGGUUGUAAAGUAAUUUAAGAUGUUUGUACUACUCGGUUGUAGUUAUCUAAUUCACUCUUGUGUUAAGAGACAUCGUUUUAACUUGGGAAUGGUUAAAUCGCCAAAGAAUUAAAUUAUUUAUGGAUAAGGGCUAUUUUAUUUGACUACUGUUGGCCUGCAACUUAAACUUGCAUCUUUUAUUUUUUUAUCCUAUGCUUUUUCUUUGUUAUGGCUGCUGCAACAAUAGUUCAUGAUACAUCAGAAGCUGUAGAGCUCUGUGCUCCCUGUGGGUUAUACCUUAAACCCAUUACCAAAAUGACCAUCAGUGUGGCACUUCCUCAGCUGAAGCAACCAGGAAAAUCCAUUUCGAACUGGGAAGUGAUGGAAAGAUUGAAGGGGAUGGUGCAAACUCAUCAGUUUUCCACUCUGCGGAUUUCUAAAAGCACAAUGGAUUUCAUUAGGUUUGAAGGAGAGGUCGAGAACAAAAGUUUGGUUAAAUCUUUUCUGGCAUGCCUUGAUGGCAAAACAAUAAAGCUGAGCGGCUUCUCUGACAUUUUAAAAGUGCGUGCUGCGGAAUACAAGAUUGACUUUCCUACCAGACAUGACUGGGACUCUUUUUUCCGUGAUGCAAAAGAUAUGAACGAAACCUUGCCGGGGGAAAGGCCAGAUACUAUUCACUUGGAGGGCUUGCCUUGUAAGUGGUUUGCAGCCAAGGAGACUGGCUCGGAAAAGCCAAGUGAAGAAGUCCUUAUAAAAGUUUUCCAGAAAUUUGGAGAAAUCCGUAAUGUGGACAUACCCAUGCUGGACCCUUACAGAGAAGAAAUGACUGGCAGGAAUUUUCACACUUUCAGUUUUGGAGGCCAUUUAAACUUUGAAGCAUAUGUUCAGUACCGAGAGUACGCAGGAUUCAUCGAGGCCAUGAAUGCCCUGCGAGGGAUGAAGCUGAUGUACAAGGGCGAUGAUGGCAAAGCAGUGGCUUGCAAUAUAAAGGUUUCUUUUGACUCAACAAAACACCUCAGUGAUGCAUCAAUUAAGAAGCGUCAGCUUGAAAGGCAAAAGCUUCAAGAGCUUGAAAAGCAGAGAGAAGAACAAAAACGUAAAGAGAAAGAAGCUGAGGAAAAACAAAAAGAGGAAGAAAGGAAGCAGAGAGAGCUUGAAGAAUAUGAGAGAGAGAGAAAAAGAGAAGAGAAGUUGCGCAAGAGAGAGCAGAAACAGAAAGAUCGUGAAGUUCAACGGAACAAAAAGCAACUUGAAAAGCUUCAAGCUGAAGAACAGAGAAAACUUCAAGAAAAGAUAAAGCUAGAAGAAAGGAAGCUCCUGUUAGCCCAGAGGAAUCUUCAGUCCAUUAGAUUAAUUGCAGAACUGCUAAGCAGAGCAAAGACAGUAAAGCUUUUGGAGCAAGAACAGAAUGAAGAAAAGAUUUGUCUUCAGCAGCUAGAAGAGAGACGAAGGCUCCAGGAGGCUGAGCUUAAACGUGUGGAAGAGGAAAAAGAGAGAGCACUGGGUUUGCAGAGAAAAGAAAAAGAACUGAGGGAGAAACUACUGAACAAUCUUCUGAGCAAGAAAAUGGAUGCAGUUAAUCAAAGCAAAGAAGAAACCAAAGCAUCUCAGACUGACAUGCUGAAAAGCCCUACUGCCAUUCCACACACUGUGUCAUCCAGCUGCAUCACUUCUACCUCAGGACAGGCUGUCACAGGCAAACUGGCUCCUGGCUCUCAAAUAGAAGUAGCAUCCCCUGAAAGUGUAAACACUCAAUGCAAGUACUUAAAUGGCAGCAUUCAUGACAAAGUUCAUGUCAAAGAAGGUCAGAAUCUCCAUACUACAGACUCUGAGAGGUGUUCUGACAAAAGAGGUUCGGGGGUACUUUCAUGUGUUCCCGCCAAUAACCAGGACCAGAAGAGCCUCUCUAGCUGUGACCAGAACACGUGCAAGAAGGACUUGCACUGUGAGCAGGACAAACGUGGCACAGAGCCAAGGAGAAGAAAGAGCCGUUCAUGUAGCAGCAUAAACAGUGAUGAGAGUAAGGGUAGACGAGAGAGCAGCAGACACAGAAGAGAUGUGAGUUACCAGGAUGAAAAGCACAGGAAAGAAAGGAGGUAUUACAGACGCUCCAGCAGAAGUUACAGCCCUCGCCGAAGCCGCAGUCCUCGUCGAAGAAGUGCCAGCCCCAGGCGUUCCCGUUACAGAAGAACGCGCAGUAGGGAACGUAGGCGGGACAGGAGAGAAAGGAGUCGUAGUCGCAGAAGUGCGAGCAGGAGACGAAGGCACCGGAGGUGAUCACUGAGUAAGCAAAGGAGCACUUGGAGUGGGUAGUGGAGGCCUUGGCUCCUUUGAAAGGCUGUGGUAGGACAAAAGGGCCAGAAGGUUGUAAACGAGACCUCAUUGGUGUGACUGCUAUAGAAAACACAGUUGUUUUAACCAAUUUUUAGCUUGCAUCUAGUCCCUGAAAUCAAGAAAAGAGAUGCCAGAUUUUUUUGACCUUCCUUCCUUUGUUGUCUCUUUCUAGGUUUCUAUGACAAUGUAGCUAUAAUCACCGUGCUUGUGCUCAAGUUCCUAAAGUGCUAAAAGUCAACCUGUUUCAGUUUUCUAAACCUUAAUUUUAGCGUAUUUAGUUUUUAUCUCUGUAUCACCUAAUUUGGCUUAAGAAAUACGUGGGUGCCAGUUAUAGGAACUUCAGAGGUGACAAAGUAUUACAUACAGAUUUGAUUUAAAGUGUUUUCUGGUGCAUUCAGUGAAAUCAUGUUUAACGAAGUAGAUUUUUAUUGAUUGAGGUGGAUAGCAGGACUUUCACAUUUUUCUUAAAACUGACUAUAAAGAUACGCAGGAUACCUUUUAAACUGCUGUGAUUCCUUCAUAUGUCUGUAUGAUGCCAAGCUUUGUGGCCCAAGUUAUUCUGGCAUGUAAUGCCUUUGUAUAAUCAUACUUUCCAUGUAAGAGAGACACACUGGUGUAGGAAGUAACAAGCAGUGGUAAAAUGGUUGAAAGUUGUUCUCAUAUUUUGUUGACAUAUUUGGCUUUGUAAUUAUUUCAGGUGGCAUAGGGAUACUUGAAACAUAUUUUCAGGUACAUAAAGAGCUAGACAUUGUCUUGAAAAAGGGGCCUUCUUGCUAAAUUAUUUCUACUUGUGUUGUUGGAAAGUAAGGCUGCAGUGUUUCUUGUUAAAUCCAUUUAAGAAUACUUUUGCUUUUAAAAUGCAGCUCAGGAAUAUUAAAAGCUAUAAUGUUACAGUGAAAGAGUUUAUUUUGCAUUUUUAUGGUAAAAUUAAAAAGAAAACUGUUUCCAGUGAA